GAUUCGUAUCUUUCUUUCUAUCUGUUCCUCGUAGAUCUACACUCGCUCACGGUUCCUGGUGAAUUGCUCAGCUACCCAGACUUCGAAACAGCGCUCGGGGCUGAAUCACGCUUGUUUCCUGCCUUGACUCUCCGUGGCAAUAUUGCACCUCAAAUAGCUCAGGAAGCAGUGCUAAUAGCUGUGCAUCUGACGGCGGUCAUCAUUUCUGUUUGACUCGACGUCAAGCCCGUCGACGUGAUGCCGCCAGGUGCUGCGGUUUCUGAAGAGCAAUUAGCCAGCCUGUAUGCGCAAGUACUCGCUGGAUUCGGAGCAGAAUCACCUACCACGGACAACCCACUGCAGAACGGUGAGGGUGGACUUGAACACCUCCACAGUCAGUACGGCGACGACGGCGGUACACCCACAUUAGCUCGUCAACAAUCCACGCUCUCAGUGUCCUCGGCCCAGACCUUUCGCGGGCUUCCAUCAUCAUCAAUGCCCGUGUCGCCAGCAAGCAGUGUUCAAUCACCGACGCAGCGAGGACCGCGGCCUCUGCCGCGCAUACCUGGCCAGUCGCCACCGCCCGCAAGCCCUCCUCUACCACCACCACCACCACCUCCACCCAUGUUAUAUACUGCUAUGCCUGAGCCGCGGCCUUAUUAUCCAGAUGAGACUCUGCCGCCUCCUCCGCCACCGAAGCGUUCCAGCGCUGAAUCGUGCGUGUGCAUCUGAAUUAAUUAGCAAUCUAUGUCAUGUUCAUGCAAUCCAUUCCCAGACGUAA